CGAGCUGGGUGGGGCACCCAGCGGAUGCUGCUCUUACGUAAGCUCGUGGCGAGGCUGAUUUCUCCGCCGGUGACUCUCGGGAGCGGUGGCACGGUUGCAGCAGCAGUCCCCGAGGCGCUGGCUUUCUAGCGACAUUACCAUAACCCCACCUGCCCGCCAGCUCUUCCGGCUCGCUGGGGAAACAAACCUGCCGCGCGGCUCCUGUGCCGCCACUGCCAUGGCCCUGGCCAGCCCCCUGGAGCGGCUGCACGAGGAGGCCAUUUGCUCCAUCUGCCUGGAGUACAUGAACGAGCUGGUGAGCGUCGACUGCGGGCACAACUUCUGCCGCAGCUGCAUCGCCAGGCACUGCCAGGAGAAGGGUCUCUGGUCCAAUGGACCCUUCUCCUGCCCGCAGUGCCGGGCCACGUGCCGUCGCAGCAACUUCCGCCCCAACCGGCAGCUGGCCAACAUCGUGGAGAGCAUCCAGCAGCUGGGGCUGCGGGCUGGCCCGGGGUCGGGGGCCCCGCUCUGCACCAUGCACGACGAGUGGCUCAAGCUCUUCUGCGAGGAGGACGGGGAGGCCAUCUGCGUGGUGUGCAGGGAAUCCCUGUACCACCGCCCUCACACCGUCUACCCCAUUGAGGAGGCCAUGCAGCUCUACAAGGUCAAACUCCAGAAAUUCCUGGAGCAUCUUUCCAAGGAAGUGGAAGAAGUGAAGAAAUGUGAGUCAGCAGAAAGGAUGAAAACCCAGGAGUGCAAGGAGGCAGUGAAGAAAAAGAGGGAAAGGAUUGUGAGCGAGUUUGGGAAAGUGCAUCAGCUUCUGGCUGAUGAAGAGAAGCUGCUGCUUCAGAAGCUGGAGGAGGAAGAGAAGCAGAUUCUGCUGAAGAUCAGUGAAAACCUCACCCGGCUGGUAGAGCAAAAGUCCUCUCUGGGUGAGCUGAUCCUGGAGAUAAAGGAGAAGUUCCAGCAGCCAGCUGAUGGGCUGCUCAAGGACAUGAAAAGCAUCCUGAACAGGUGCGAAGGCAUGAAAUUCCAGGCCCCUAAAGCUGUUUCCGUGACCCUGAGAGAAGAUUACAGCAUGCCAGGGUGCUGCCUGGGCAUGAGGGACAUGCUGAAGAAAUUCGAAGUGGAUGUGACUCUGGACCCUGACACAGCGCACCCUGAACUCACUCUGUCUGAAGACCGGAAAAGCGUGAAGCGUGGAGGCAAGAAGCUGAUUCUGUCCCUCUUUGACAACCCGAAGAGGUUUAACACCACGCCACUGGUGCUGGGGGUUCAGGCCUUCUUCUCUGGCCAGUGCUACUGGGAGGUGCAGGUGGGAGAUAAGCCAGAGUGGGGCCUGGGGCUGUGCAGGGAUUCAGCCAGCCGGAAAGGCGCCAUCAUCUUCUCCCCUAGCAAUGGCUACUGGGUGCUGUGGCUGCAGAACAGUGGCAGCUAUGAAGCCCUCACUUCCCCCAUCUCCCCUCUGAACCUGAGGGUGAGACCCCGGCGCAUUGGAGUCUUCCUGGACUAUGAGGCAGGAGAAAUCUCGUUUUAUAAUGUGACUGACCACUCCCACAUCUACACCUUCACUGACAAGUUCUCUGGGCAUCUCCGGCCUCUUUUCUUCCCAGGUGACUUGCUGGGGGGCAAAAAUGCAGAGCCCUUGGUGAUCUCCUGGGUCAGGGACAGAGAAGGAUGGAUCAUCCUGUAAUGUGUGGUUAAAAGGCGGCCCUGGCCUCAACACAGGGCAGCCAGAGGCCAGUGGGCCUGACCAGCUCCUCUCCUGAGCAGCAGGUUGGCAGCAAGGCAGGGCUGGGGAAAUAGGUUCGUGUUUGGGGCGAGCAGCAUGGCAAGGUCUCUUUGUGCUCCUGGAUGCUGGCAAUGACCCUCAAAGCAUAAUGCUGCUGAGAAACUAAUAGCAACCGUGUCCUUUCACGUGAUGCUUUCACCCUUUGCCAGGCCCAUGCCAGGAAGGGCAUUACAUGUCAGGGGUGUGCCACAAGCUUCCUGACAGGGACAGGAGGAGCCUGCUGAACGCCGUUGCCCUGCUGGUCACCUUGCAGGUUUUGGGCAAAGAGCACAUGCACAGCCUGCAUUGUAGUGCUGAUUUUGGUGUGAAUUGUCCUGAAAGAAGGCAAUAAAGAAUUGAUUUGGGAAGACCUGUCCCUUGGGACAUUGCUUCUACUUGAGGCUCUACUGCUGCUCUAGAUGGGAGCUUCUACCUGAAGCAGGCUGCAGUCAGGUUUUUCCAGCAAAAGCUCUCAGGCCCUUAAGUCAGAUGUUGCAUCAGCCAGUUGUGCUCACUUAAACCCGAAUGCCUGCAGUUCAUGGUUUCAGGAGGCAGGAAACUGCCACAGAGCCAAAGAGGAAGUGAUGGCUGGUGGUCAUACACUGCUAGCUGGAGUUGCUGGAAACUGUGUCACGAGCUGAGCAGGGCACCCUGCCAGGCAGACACGCUCCAGUAGCAAGUAGAUCUCCCUCCACAGCGAAGGCAAAAGUAAUGAAGCUGCUUAAUUCAAUGACUGAUUCAAUAUGAACAAAAUGAGACAUGACCAUGCUAAGGAAUGGUCUCAAGUACUCUGCACAGUUUUGCUGGGGAUGUCACGGGCAGUACUUUAGUAUUCCUAGUGGGAAAUGAUGCUGCAGUCAAGGAAGCAGUUCCUUUCAACUAAUUUUUGUUGCAUUUGGUGAGUCCCAUCUGCCUCCCUUUGGCUGCAGGUUCUUUCUUUUGGAAGCUGCCGAGCAGAGGGGAAAAUCCAGCUAGGAGAGCCUGGUCUCAGCUCUGACAUGUCACAGGAAGGAGAUGGGCAGUGGGCGCCAGUGGGCUCCACAUCUUUUCUGACCUUCACAGUGGUCUUACAAAGAGAGUUUGUGGAUCCUGAGAAAAUAGGAACAAAUUUGAACUUUGAGGGCUUGAUGGAAGUCUGGAAGCAUAGGCAGUUGUGUGGGGAGUGGUGAGGGCAGCCAGGGAAACCGGUUAAGCAGGGUAACCGCUGGGAAGGGACCCAGCUGAGAGUCGUUGAAUUGUGGUGGGAUGAGGUGGUAAGAUGGAAACUAUCCAGAAAGUAAGAAUAAACUGACUGUGGGAAGACGACAAGUGAGCAGUGCUACUACAGUGCAAGAAGGACAAAGAGCUUUUCCAGAAGAGUCAGCAGGGGAAGUGCAACAGUUCAGAGAUCUUGCAGAUUGACACUGGUGCAACUGGUGGAACAAAUGAGUAGCUGAACGGAAAGGAUAUGGACUCACCCCACAGCAGCACCCAAAGUGUCCCUAGAAAUCAUGAAUCUGCCUUCCCUAGGAAGGAGGGUAAAGGUCCAAGUAAUGAGACAGCUGUGAAUAUGCUAUAAAAUUUUUUGUCUGAGGGACUUGCAACAUUGCCUGCAACUAAGACUUAAAACUGUCCUGACCAGACACCCAUCUGUCCUCAAGUGUCCAGACUGGCUGGCAUGGGGCAGUUAGAGAAAAGCAAAGAGCACUAGGACCAGGCUUUUAGAGCUCCCUGAUUACUUAAUGCUGAAGCUGUUCCUAAAGCUACUUGCAAGCUGGUUUUCAGUUUAAGCCAUGUGGGAGGGCUACAUGCCACAGCACGAAGGCCAGGGUCUGGACUCAUCACUUUGGUGUUCCAGUGGUGACUGUUCUCACUCUCACCAGCUCAGGCCUUAAGCAAGCUGGCUACCCUCUUAUGUGGAGGUAAGGUUAUUUACUAUCAAAAUGGCUGACCUUUAUGUGCCAGGCUAAUCAUGUUCCUACAGCUUCCCUUGGGCUGAUCUCAGCGACACUUGGCCAAAGCAUGCUGUGAUUUUCCAAUGCAGGAGAACGGGCAUAUACACACGCCCAUAUACUCUGUGAGAACUUCUUGGGCUGAGCCAGUCUUUUGCUUUUGGAGGUCCCAGGGUUGUUCUCCCGUCUGAGGUAUCCAGUUUCACUGAAGGCAUUAGUCUCUCAGGAUAGCACAUCUGGCAAAAAGGUCGUGGUUUGUGGUCAGGUUUUAAGGAGCUGUUUUCUAUGCAACCUGUGGACUAGCCAUAGCUUUAGGCUCUGACCUCUGUAGCAGCUCGGUCACCCAAAGGCACUGACAGUGUCCUCUGUUAAGAUUCUUGGCAGCAAAGCUUCCAGAUCUGCAGUUUUAGAAAUGUGUUUUCUCAACAAAUGUUAACAUCCUUCUUUCACCGCUAAUAUCCUGGAAAAUACUUCCUCAUCUUCGGGGGGUAAGAUGUCUUCUUCUUUCUAAGAAUGGAUCAGAAAUAUUCUUUCAUAUCUAAAAUGCCACUUCUGCUUUCUGUUUGCCAUUAUUGGAAAAGCGAUAACCAGACACCUUUCCUUGAAUUUUCUCCAUUUUCUCCAUAUACUAAUCUCCCUCAGCCCUGGAAGUCUUGGAUAUGUCCCUACUUUAGGAAAACACUGCCUUUGUGUGCAACUUGAAAAAAACA